AUGUUAAGAGGUAUCAAACGUCAACGUUCACCUUCUUCCACUUCCUCCACACCCCCUUUUUCAAGAUUAUAUCGUCCAUUACCCAAACGACGUCUACCCUUACCUUCACAACCCCAUCCACGAGAAUCGCUCCUUCAUCAUCGUUCACCUUCCCCUUCCCUAGCUUUAUGGUCAGAAACGGAAAACGAUACGGAUCCCGAUACGGACCUAGGUACCAGUUUAUCUGACCUAGGGUUGAUAAGUUCACCAAAUAGUCAAGAUUCACAUGAAAGAGAAGAUGAAGAAAUAGACGCGUCUUUAUUACAUUCUCACAAUUCCGAUAGUCCAAUUUCUAAAAACCUUUCUGAUAGUCCUCUUUUGGAAUCGGAUUCUUCCGCUCAGAGUCCAACACCUGAUAGAUGGAGGGAAAAGGGGAAAGGUAUCGAUCCGAGGGAAUAUGGAGCUUUGCAUUUUGGUUCAAGAGACAUGAAAGAGAAAUAUCCUAUGGUUUGGGGUAUGAAAAGAAGAUGUAAUUCCACAGGUAUUGGACUCGCGCGUGGACGAGAUGAGAGAUAUAUUGGAGAAAAGGAAGGACUCCGCAUACCUGUCAAUGGGGUUAAACGAGGAUAUGGGUUGAUAGUGAUCGAAGAGGAAGUAGUAGACCCAAAAGGAGAAUCACCGAGGAAGAAGGGAAAAGGUAAAUUUGGAAAAAGAUGUAGAUCCUCUGGGAGUGAUGGAGAAGGGGAUGAUGAGUUUGAAUUGGAUUUACCAAAGUGUAAGAGGUUGAUUAAAAGACCCAGACCAUCCCCACUCGACAUCCGUUCUUCCCAACUUACUCCCAAAACCAUCCUCGCUCCCACGGCCUCCAUAGUCAAUCUUACCCAACGUAUGACCGACCUAGCAGCUGCCUCAUCUCAUCAACUCAUGGUUGUCUCCGAAGUCGAAUCUGAUCCCGACUCAGAUGACGAUUCACGUCUUGUAUCCGCAUCUUUACCACUCGUUCCAUGUUCUCCAGCUGGUCCAAAAUACCUGAAAAAAUCCCAAGCUUUACGACAUCCUCGUGGUAUCGAUAAAGCUCGUAAAAUUACCCGACGUCGUGCUCAUCGACGAGAUGUUUACACAACACUACCUAACACAACUAUCAUUUCCAAACCGUCCUCCAAGCGACAUGUGGAAUUUGACUCAAAAGAUCAUGAUAGUCCAAUGGACAUUAGUGAUGUGGAAACUCAAACUUGUCUCGUGGUCCCCGUACAUAAAGGUCCAAGGGAGAACAAAAUCACUCGUCGACCCAAACACAUAUACACGCCCGAACGUCUUCCAGGACAGAAAACUACUACUCAUUUACAUCGAUAUUCUCCCACAUCCCUCUUGCCCAUGAGGGAGAAACGCAAUUUGAUACUCAAUAGAAACACUCGGUUCGAACGUAGAGGUAAAUUCCGAUUAUCUCUGACUCCUGGACAAGUCAAUUUGGCUGUUCUGCAAGUCCAGAUUUCGGAUAGGUUGAGACGUAAUCAGUUGGUUCGAGCUCACAAUGAACGACACGAAAAUGGAGAAUGGAGAAAAGGUGUCGGGAAAUGGUUUGGCUAUGAAGUUGUUUUACCUGAUAUCCAAGCGCUUUUGAUCAAACAUGGAAUGGUUCAGUUACCACUUGGACCAAUCCAACAUUCUCAGAAUUCGACGGUGGAUGAAGUUGCUGAAGUGGACAAUGAAUUAGGUGAUGAUUCAGAUGAAGAAAUGGAUGAUUCGACAGUUGAACAAACUUUAGAUGUUGUCGUGUCUAUUCCUGCGGAUCAUCACAAGAUAUCAAAUUCUAUCUCACCUUGUUCAUCAUUACCAUCAACCCCAUUCCUCUUACCUUCUCUCAUGUCACGUAGUCCUAGUCCUCCAUCCACUCCAUGUCCACCACCUUCAAUCAACACUACCAUCAUUGUCCCUGGUGGAAUUUCUAUUCCUGAACAAACGACAAAUAUUAUAUACUCUCGACCAAAUGAUGGAGCUCCUCCUUUGCCUAACCCUCCAACAGCUAUGAAACGUUCAUGCUCUCAUCUCUCCUCGGUUGAAGAUGUUUCCGUUCGAUGGGGAAGACGUAACGAACUUCGAUUCUCUGAAGAGCUUCGUGAGUAUCAAAUACAUUUACGUGAAAUUGCUCAACAACGUCGAGUUCAAAGACGAGCAAGGGAACGUGAAGCUGCUGAAUUACGUCGAAGACAAGAACAAAGAAGAAGGGAAGAAGAAGAAGAAGCUAUUUUAAGAAGAGAAGAACAAGAGAGGUUAAUGAGAGAAGAAGCUGAAUCUUUAUUAAGAAUUCAAAUUGCUUCUCAACUUGAAACUGAAAGAUUAUCUCGUAUUUCUCGUCAUCCUCGGUAUUCUCAAAUAAACUCAAGGACAGAUGUAACAAUGUACGAACAAUUCAGUCCCAGUUCAACACCCGAUGAAAUGGUAGAUGAUAUAACGAUGACUGAAGAAAAUCUUUUAGGUUCUCCACCUAGAUAUUAUCCAGAUUUAUCUCAUCGUCAAAUACAAAGACCAAUACCUUCACGUUCGUUAACUCAACCUUCACCUAGAACAUGUUCCCCACCUAGAUAUAGAAGACAAAUGUAUGGAAUCAGAACACCUUCACCACCACCACCAUAUAACGCAUCAACGGAUAGACAAACUCUUAUUGCUCCUAUUUUCAUAGAAGAUUCCGAUGAUGAAGAUGUACUUCCACCUCUUAUUACAACAAAUCGAACAUCUUCCAUACCUAGGUUGGUACCAACUACUCGUUUUUCUUCAACCUCUCAUCAUUCCUCUUCUCGUCUUUCUUCUCCUCCCCUUACACGUGAUAAUCGACGGUUAACUCAAUUCCCUUCGAACACAUUGGACAUGGUUGGAGCUUUCCCUACUCGGUCAAACUCAGGAAGAGGAAUAUCCAACUUUACAAUUUCAAAUAUGACAUCUGGAAUCUCUACGGAAGGGAUUAGAGAUGGAUAUUUGACGAGACAAGUGGAAGAUAGAAGACACACGGUAGACGCUUUUGAUGUAGGUCCGGAAGUAGAAGAAGGUCGGAUGGAGGAUGAUGAUGAUAAUGGUGAGGAAGAAGGAGGGGAAGAUGAACCAAGUCAAGAAGUUCAAUUUGCAGGUGCAGCAGCUUUAGGUGCUUUGAGAAGAUGGUUAGGUGGAUGGGUAUCGUGA